AUGGUUGGACUCAAGUCGAUUAAAGCAUCAACUAAUACUGAAGAAUUAUGUCACACCUGGCAAAACCCAUCCAAGAGCCAGGACAAUCCCGAAGAUAUGCUGGAAAGAUGGCUGAACUACUGGUUGAAUGACUGUGCAGAAACAGACAAAAGCUGGACACUGCAGAAGUCAGUAUCUUUCGCGCAGGAGGAGCUCGGCGCGAUGAAAUUCCGCAUACUACUCCUGGCACGGGAAGCCUAUUAUCGGGGCUCACUUGAAGUGAUUUUACAUGCGCCCUCUUCUGAGCCCGAUUAUAAUCCUCUGGGUUACGACAGCGCAGACAAUGCACGGCUUCAGGUUGAAUGGAGUUUUGAGUGCCCUUUCAUGCCCACAGACCACAACUCGAAUUCCAUACUUCAGUAUGCAAUGCAACAGCGGAAGGAGGGCUGGGUGGAUCUGAACGGACCAAAGCCCCUUUAUGGGCAGUUCAUGCGUCGAAGACCGCCCGCUUAUGAUAGUGCGGAUGACAGCACAGUCAGAGAUAGACUAUUCUGGCUGUGGGGCUGUGAUGGUCCGCCAUAA